UGGAUGUAAAGAAAUGAUAUUUGUAUUGAAGCAAUAAUAAACCAAUGACAACAGAGUUGGGGUAGAACUAGAAAGCAUCCCUAGCAAAAGUCAAGGUUGGCCCCUUGCGUCAAUCGCCGGCUUCGAAAUCGCUGUCAAUUAUGGCAUCACACUGUGUAAUGGCCGUGACGCCCUCAACCCCUCUUCUCUCCUUCCUCGAACGCCUCCAAGAAACAGCCUUCGAAACCUUCGCCCAUUCCAACUUCGAUCCCAAAACCUACGUGGACAUGCCUCUCAAGUCCGCCCUCACGGUUACCGAGGACGCGUUCCAGAAGCUUCCGAGGAACGCCAACGGGUCCGUGCCGGUUGAGGAUUUGAAGCGUUUCAUAGAAGCCUACUUUGAAGGUGCAGGGGAUGAUCUGGUGUACCGGGACCCACAGGAUUUCGUUCCCGAGCCGGAGGGUUUCUUGCCCAAGGUGAACCACCCUCAGGUUAGGGCCUGGGCCUUGCAGGUCCAUUCGCUUUGGAAAAACUUGAGCCGGAAAAUAUCCGGUGCGGUGAAGGCACAGCCAGACUUACAUACGCUGCUCCCUCUCCCUGGUUCGGUUGUCAUUCCCGGGUCGCGUUUUCGCGAGGUUUAUUACUGGGAUUCCUAUUGGGUUAUUAGGGGCCUGCUGGCCAGUAAAAUGCAUGACACAGCUAAGGCUAUUGUCACCAAUCUCAUUUCCUUGAUAGAUAAAUAUGGCUUUGUUCUUAAUGGGGCUAGAGCUUACUACACUAACAGGAGCCAGCCUCCCCUUUUAAGCGCCAUGAUUUAUGAGAUAUACAAUAGCACGGGUGACUUGGAAUUAGUUAAAAGAUCUCUACCUGCCUUACUGAAAGAAUAUGAAUUUUGGAAUUCAGAUAUACAUAAACUGACCAUUUUGGAUGAUCAAGGUUGCACUCAUACCUUAAAUCGUUAUUAUGCAAAGUGGGACAAACCCAGGCCGGAAUCGUCCAUAAUGGACAAGGCAUCUGCUUCCAACUUCUCCAGUGUUUCAGAAAAACAGCAGUUUUACCGUGAACUGGCAUCAGCUGCUGAAUCAGGAUGGGAUUUCAGCACCAGAUGGAUGAGAAAUCCACCUAAUUUCACAACAUUGGCUACAACAUCUGUAAUACCUGUUGAUUUGAACGCAUUUCUACUCGGGAUGGAACUUAAUAUUGCCUUAUUUGCAAAAGUUACUGGAGAUAAUAGCACUGCUGAACGGUUCCUGGAAAAUUCUGAUCUUAGAAAGAAGGCAAUGGACUCUAUUUUCUGGAAUGCAAACAAGAAACAGUGGCUUGAUUACUGGCUCAGCAGUACAUGUGAGGAGGUUCAUGUUUGGAAAAACGAGCAUCAGAAUCAAAAUGUAUUUGCUUCCAAUUUUGUUCCUUUGUGGAUGAAGCCAUUUUACUCAGAUACUUCGCUUGUGAGUAGUGUUGUUGAAAGUCUCAAAACAUCUGGCCUGCUCCGUGAUGCUGGAGUUGCAACUUCUUUGACUGAUUCAGGGCAACAGUGGGACUUUCCAAAUGGGUGGGCGCCGCUUCAACACAUGCUAGUGGAAGGACUGCUAAAAUCAGGAUUGAAAGAAGCAAGGUUAUUGGCUGAGGAAAUUGCCAUCAGAUGGGUCACAACCAAUUAUAUUGUUUAUAAGAAAACAGGUGUAAUGCAUGAAAAGUUUGACGUGGAGCAUUGUGGAGAAUUUGGAGGUGGGGGCGAAUAUGUACCCCAGACUGGUUUUGGCUGGUCAAAUGGAGUUGUGUUGGCAUUCUUGGAGGAGUUUGGAUGGCCUGAAGAUCGGAACAUAGAAUGCUGAUGUGCCCAGAGAUAGAAAGGUGGAAAAAAUUUGGUACGCUGCAAGAAUUUAUUCAUGAAAGCUAUUUGCAUGAGGGGUUGAAGAAAAGUAGUUAAUAAAUGCGUCAAAAGCCACUUGUUAAAGCCUAUAAUGAAAGUUGAGAUGAUUUGAGUUUAUUACUUUAUUUGCCAUUUGAUGUUUUACUUGGAAGUAUGUUCAGAAAAUUCAACAAAAGUGAUGGAUGUCAUCACAUAUCAAUGCUUUGGCACAAAUUGAUGCAUAAUUGGACCAUUUGAUGUGAGUUGCUUAAUAUUACUGGCGUCUGACGGGAUUAAACACGAUCCAAAUGUGACACGUAUAUUGGGCGGCGUUAACACCGUGAUACAAGACUGUAUUGGGCUUA